AGCUUUGCCACACCUCCGAGAGAUCGACAAAAAUAUAAAUUUGCGAUUUAAGACAUUGCAGCAGCAACCAAGUUUUGUUCAGAUUUUUUUUGUUAGUGUCUGAAUGAUGUGUGUGUGGUAUUGGUAUUAAACACCGCAGUUUUUUUCUUUUCUAUAAAACGAAUUGGGCAGAUAAGAUAGAUAUUUUAGUGUUUGACCUAUGAAAGUAAUACUUAAUAUAAUAUGCAAAUGUUUAAAUAGUUACAAGAUCAUUAAUGAUAUAAAAUUAUACAUAGUUUAUGGAGUCGACCUUGAAAGAGAAAGGUGCGCGCGCGUGGGCGGUAAUGUGGUGGCGCGCGCUUGUUGCCGAGGUGCUGGCUACAGCGUUGCUAGUGGGGCUCGGCGCUGCUGCUCUGCUGCCUCCCGGUGCACCAUUAUCGCACCCUGCGCUAGCCUUCGGUUUCCUCGUCGUCGCCCUCAUCGAGGGGUUCGGCGGUAUUUCGGGUGCGCACAUGAACCCGGCCGUGACGCUCGCGGCGGCGCUGGCUGGGCGGCUCCCGUGGGCUGCGGCGCUACCUUACGUUAUAGCGCAAGUGGUGGGCGCCACGCUUGGAUUCGGAGCGCUUAUGCUGCUAUCGCCGUCAGCGUUCUUUGAGAGCGGGCCGGUGGGCGGAACAGCACCAGGAUCUGGCGUGGGCGUGAUAAGCGCAGCGUUAUUAGAGGCGCUCUUGACGGGAACAUUGGUGUUGACGGCUGGUGGCAUUUGGCGAGCAGAAGAUGCGGGUCGUGUCGAUCCUGCGGCGUCCUUGAAGCUUGGUCUGGUAGUGGCGGGCCUAAUUUACGCAGGCGGCCCUCUCACGGGCGCCAGUCUUAAUCCUGCCCGUAGCUUUGCUCCUGCACUCUUGCAGGGUUUCACUGCCGACCAUUGGGUAUACUGGGUCGGUCCACUGGGUGGCGCAGCGGCAGCUUCGCUCCUUCAGCGCACUCUUGGCCCGCCCGCACGGCGUCCUGUCCGCCCCGAAGACCUACCCUUACACGACAAAGCCGAGGCAUAACGACUCUCCUACUACGUUACGAGUGUCGUAAACUUUGUACAUAUGUAACUUAAUAAACUUUUAUAUAUUGUAAAAUUUCAAAAAGUA